UGGCAAAUGUAGUUCUCUGAAUCACUCUUCAAUAAAAAAGCUCAAGACAUAAUCGUCACAACUCAACCAAUGUCCCCGAGUUACAUCAGAUUAUAUAUAACCAAGAAAUUUUGUGCCGCGUUGUGUGGUAUUUUGGUUGCUUUCAGUCGGAAAAGUAAUGUUUACAAAUGACAAUUGGACUACAAAUCCCAGACUGCACAGGGCGCAGCUGGCUGUUUUGAGGGGGAGAAGGAGACUCCUUUUCAGCAACACUCUUCUCUACCUUGUCUGCUGUUUGGGGCGAUAUCAAGUACAUUUUCUGACUCGGAGCGUUAGAGCUCCGGUUUGUUCGCAUUUCAGAUCGAUAGUUGUGUUUUUAAAUUUCGUGUCUGAGCAGCAGGGAGGUAGAAACUUUUAUAAGAUCGGCUUCAGCUGAGCGCUAAAGGUAGAGCUUGUUAGUUAGCUUAUAUUAGCCUGCAGCUACCAGUAGAUUUACGGCUUAUAUCCGCGGCUGUCCUGCCAGGUAGACAGGCUAAAGCUGGAGGCGCUGGCCGGCCACAAUGCUUUGGUUAGUUUAUCACAUUCCCAGUAUUGACAUUGGUAAAUAACUCAGCACAUUUGGGAACAAAUCAGCGCAACCUUUGUUUGGUUUGAGCGCAGCCUGGUUGAUUUGGCCUGUUUCAUUGUCUCCGAUCAUCGAAAAAAACACACACAAGUUGUUUUUCAGUGUCGGCAGGUUGUUGGGUUAACUCAGCCGUGUUAUCAGCUGUCGAUAUGGCACAACACGACUCCUCUCAUGUAGCCAGUUCACAGAAAGCACUCAUGUUGGAGAUGAAGAGCCUUCAGGAGGAACCUGUCGAGGGAUUCAAAAUAACACUGGUGGACGAGGCAGAUCUGUACAACUGGGAAGUGGCCAUUUUCGGACCCCCCAACACUCAUUAUGAAGGGGGGUAUUUUAAGGCUCGGAUCAAGUUCCCUAUAGACUACCCGUACUCCCCACCUGCCUUCCGGUUCCUCACCAAGAUGUGGCACCCAAACAUCUAUGAGAAUGGAGAUGUGUGCAUUUCUAUAUUGCACCCUCCAGUGGACGACCCGCAGAGUGGAGAGCUGCCUUCAGAGAGAUGGAAUCCCACCCAGAAUGUCCGGACCAUUUUGCUGAGUGUGAUCUCGCUGCUGAACGAACCCAACACCUUCUCUCCUGCCAACGUGGACGCCUCCGUCAUGUACCGUAAAUGGAGGGACAGCAAGGGCAAAGACCGGGAAUACGUAGAGAUCAUCAGGAAACAAGUGUUGGCCACCAAGGCGGAGGCCGAGCGUGACGGCGUGAAGGUGCCCACCACGCUAGCCGAAUACUGUGUCCGCACGCGCGCCCCACCUCCCGACGAAGGCUCCGACCUCUUCUAUGACUAUUACUACGACGAUGACGACGUGGAGGACGGGGAUGGUGACUGCUGCUACGAUGAAGACGACUCAGGCAACGAGGAGUCAUGACAUGCUUUUUUUUUUUUUUUUUUUUCAACCGCACGCCCAAUCUAGCUGACAUAUGCUAAACCCCCUUUUUCUGCCCGGGUUGUCAGAAAUUCUAGGUCUACAACCUGAGAAAGAUUUGACGCCUCCCACUUUUAAACCAAUGAAAAGAGCUGUUUUUUCUUUAGCUUCUGAACUCUUCGGAGGCUGACAUUGAUGCACCGUUGUGGAAGGGUCCGACCUGGUAAGAUUUGCACCAGCACAAAAGUCACCAGUUCAAAUAAUUUUGCAAACCUUUUUCUCCAUCAUCACCUAAAACCUUACUUUGAGAGAAUAACUUCAAAUAUCGCUUAAUCGUAUUAAGAUGUUCAGUCCCCUGUACAGUAUAAGAUAUUGUGGGGUUAAUACCACUUUCAACAAUAGCAACAUUUGCACUGGUGCAAACACUUACAAACUUUUCUCAGCCUCUUUCUUGCAUAUCUUUACUUCCCUAAUUAUAACUGGGUUUUGCUCACCAGUAGUUGGUCUCAGUGACCGACAGAAGAUGGAGGACUUCAAGCAGCCUGUUAGUGUCGAACAGUGUAGCUGCAAACAGCGAUACAUUGAAUCGGACAUUCCCGAGUCUCACUGUCUGUCUUGCUUCAGUAGGACCGGACCUGAGAUGUCACGGGACAGUGUUUUCAACAUUCUUGUGCAUGCCAGAACAUCUUGGAAGCUUUUUGUCUCUUUUACUGGUGGACUAUUUACCCGCAUCAUGAUCUGUUUUCAGCUGGGUGAUAACAAAAACUUGCGACGAUAGAGAUCCCAGAGAACUCUAUGUGGAGGACCGGCUGACCAGCCGGGUCAGUGGGUCAAAUCCUCAUGUGGACAUUUUUGGCAACAUGAAAUUGAUCUUUGCUGUGUUUCUUCUGGUUACUGUUUGAUGUGUUUCUCUGUCAUUUUGAGUGUGAGGUUAUGUUAUUUGAAUUAGCUCAGAUAAAGAGUUGUGUAGGAUGUUUUUCAGAGGGGGGGCAGAAUGAAUUACUGAUCAGAAUGGUAUUUCUCCUCAGGUUGGCUCUCUGAGAGACCUGAUGGAGCCAAAGACUAAAGCAGCGUAAAAAGAAAGCCCAAAACAUUUUAUGAAUGUUUGUUAUAUUCUCGUCUUUGUUUUCUGUUUGCUCUCUUGCUAGCUUUGUUAUUUUAGCCUCUUUCUUUGGUUAGACAUUAUGCCUGCAAUCUUUGCUUGAGAAUGAUUUUAUGUAAUGAGAUUAUUAGGUUUGAUUGGCAAAAAAAAAAAGUAGAAAAUUUUCUGUCAAAAGAUGUUGAAGUAUCAGUAAGGAUUAUUACAGUUUUUCAGCCCUGGAAGUGAAAAAGAACAAGGCCGCCAUGUUUUACUUUUACUGUUGUUUGUGUUAGUGGAGAGUGGACGGGUUUUGAUAUAUUUUUUAGAGUGUAUGGGUGUCCUCUGUGUGUAUUUUGCAUCAGCAAUACUGAUUGUUUAAUUUACUCAAAUUGGACUUCACACUGAAUUUCUCAGGAUAAUGAAAAAACAAUUAAGGCAAGCAAUUAUUUUCUUCUCCUAGGUGGUCUUCAGAGUUGGUUUACAGCCUCAACAGGAACCAUAAACUGAUAUGCACAUGUAGCUGUAUGGAUGAUCACCUUGUUGUUUUAUUCACCUGUGUUUACUUUUUAUUUUCGGCUAUUUAAAACUGAAAAAUAAAGAUUUAUUGGAAAAAAAUA